GCCUCGGGUGGUGUGCCCGUCCACCAAUGAACGCGCGCCCGGACGCGACGCGGCUCUUUCUGAAAACCGGGGCCAGCCGCCGGCCCCAGACAGCAACCGCCGUCGCGCGUAGCAGCCAGCUGCCGGCAGCCGCCGGACCCUUUUUUUUCAGGAGCCUGCCAUCGGGCGCGCCACGAACAUCGUUGUCUGAUCGAACGACUCAGUGGAAAAUAGUGGAAACCCCGGCAUCCAGAGGAUAUAAUUCUGAAGAGAUAGCGCGUUCUACGCUUCUGCGCAAAAUUGACGAGGCACGAAGUCGGAGGCAAUUACGCCGCCGGGGCUGCUGCCAAGCACCUCAACCUCUUCUUGCACGACCGCGGCCAUGGACUGUUCCAUCCGAGCGAGCAUCUGGACGCGCCAAGAGACGACGCUGCUCCUGGACCUGUGGGAGCAGGAAACGCGCCGCCAGAACCUGGACGGCACCGCGCGCAACUACAAGGUCCACCAGCGCAUCUCGCAGGUGCUCAUGGCCAAGGGCUACUGCCGCACGGCCAUGCAGGUGCGCGAGCGCCUCAAGCGGCUGCGACGCGAGUUCCGCGAGUCCCGUCACUGCGAGUAUUACGACAGGGUCGCGGCCAUCAUGGCCUUCACCAGGGCGGCGGCGGCCGCCGCCAACCGCGCUGACCUGGCCGGGGUGCACGACGGUGGCAUCGACGCGAACUCCAACGCUGCGUCGCCCAGCGACCACCGCCACCUGCUGGGAGGCGACGACGACGACAUGGUUGACAGCAUGAAGGCUGACGACUACUCGCAAACCACGUCGGAGAACGAAGCAGACUACCAGGACAGCAGGAACGGUAACUUGGUCAUCGAUGGAAGCGGCGGUACCACCAACGGCACUGCCAACGGCACCUCCAACGGCCCGGCCAACUGCACCACAAAUGGUACUGGUCCCAGUCACGAAGCCGAGUCCCUACUGCUACAGCGCCGGACGGUGCAAUUGCUCUCAGCACUGGUCGAGGUACAGCGGCGAUCGCAGAAGUCCACUGUCUGCUACCAACGCCAGAUGCUGCAGCACAUGGGCACCUUGUCCAGUGCCAUGCAGACCGUGGCAGGAGCCCUGGCGCGAGCUUGCCUCUACAUGCCACCGGGAGAGAGGGCCGAUGGCGCCUGCAGCCCCAGCUACGCGGCCGGCCUGCUGGAGCACGACGACCUGGUCGAGUCCCGGGAUGCCGACACGCCUUCUCCACGGAACUACAUCAAGCACGAGCCAAGCGACUAAGAUGGAAAUUUAUUAGCGUCUCCCAGCUAGCGUUAGCGAAGCCUGAAGUUUUAAAAUAAGAAAAAGAAACUGACAAUAUGUUUACAGUUAUGAGACCCAUAUGGUGUUUGGUCCUGUCAUCUUUCACCAUCGAGCGAGAUAAUUUUGUGUACUUGGCUAAGUCCUUCAAAAGUAAUUACUAAACAAGCAACAGUUUCGCUAACUGGUAAAUGUAGUAUAGUGACUUUGUGGCGAACUUCAAGUGACGCAGAACUGGCGUAAAACCUGGGUUUCUUUCGUGUUUUUUUUUUAAGAAGUUCAAGUGCCUGAACACAGCGGCUAGUUGGUACGAGUGUUAUGGCUGGCGGUAGCUGAACGCGAAGAGUGUUCAACAGUUUAUUACCAAAGAAGGACGAAGUGCCCAACGUGCCAGUACAAAUGUAAAAAGUUUGGAACAGUGAAGUAAAUUGCCCUUACACCGAAAUCUUUAAAUAACAAGAGGCAGUACAUGCUGAAUGAGCAUGCUAGUCGGAGGCUAAGAGCGCACAAUGCUAGUCUCAAGUCUUGCAGCUGUGAUGUCCAUGGGACCAACAUAAGUCAAUACACAAUGCAGGAAAUGCAGUGCGUAGAUUUCCUUUGGAGCAAAUGCUCACUGGCCGAGUACGCGUUCCACACAUUUCCUUUGACGCGUGCUGAACAUUGUGCUCUGCUUUGUGUGUAUGUGUGUGUGUCUUGUUUUAGAUGCUUGAUUUUUCCUAUUGUUGCCUGGCAGCAGUAAUUACACCUCAGCCACAACUUCCUAUGUCAAAUACUGUAAAGGAUUUGGAGUGUACGAGUAUUUUUGUAUGCCAAAGAUAUUUUUUUCUGCUCGUUAAUGCGCAGGAUGCUGUUAGAUUUUAACUGCCGUGGUACUAACUCCCAACCAUGUCUUGCUGACCGAAUGCCGUUCAAGAUGCGUGCAACGAAGACUGCCCAUAUUCGGCUGUAUGCUAACUCGAAAAACGGUAAAUCACUGCGGUUACUAGACGUGUCUGCGCUACCCUCUGUUCAUCAACCAUGCAGAAUGUCCAUAUGAAAAAAAAAAAAACCUUGUAUGUACUUCAUAGAAUGCUUAAGUAUUUCUCAAUAAAAAAGGUUUGAACGAA